AAGACGAGUGGAGUCUGGCAGGGGUCACGGGGCAGCGGGGUCACAUGACUCCGUUUGAGAAGCUCACGUGGGAGGCGCGCACGGAUGAGGUGGCGGUGAGGGAGUCGGUGCUGGGGAAGAGGAUCAGCUUCUACCGCAUCCGCGGAGAGAUCGGCUCUGGCAACUUCUCCCAGGUCAAGCUGGGGGUGCACCUUCUCACACGAGAGAAAGUCGCCAUCAAACUCCUGGACAAGUCGCGCAUGGACGAGCGCACGCUGCGCCUCCUGUCGUGCGAGAUCCUGGCCAUGGAGCUGCUGCGCCACCCCAACGUGGUGCGCCUCUACGAGGUGGUGGACACCCCGUCGCGCCUGCACCUCGUCAUGGAGUACGCGCCGGGCGGGGAGCUCUUCACGCGCGUCUCCACCGUGGGGGCGCUGCCGCACGACGAGGCCAAGCUCGUCUUUGCCCAAAUCGCGGCCGCCGUCAAGCACAUGCACGAGUGUGGGGUGGUGCACAGGGACCUGAAGGCUGAGAACGUGUUCUACGCUGGCAACUGCUGGGUCAAGGUGGGAGACUUUGGCUUCAGCACCACGGUCACCCCCAACGAGAGGCUCAGCACCUUCUGCGGGUCCCCUCCGUACGCCGCCCCCGAGCUCUUUCGAGACCAAAGUUACCUCGGCCCCCAGGUGGACGUGUGGGCAUUGGGCGUCCUCCUCUUCUUCAUCGCGUCUGGGACUCUCCCGUUCCGCGCCGACACGGUCGGGAAACUUAAGCUCAGUAUCCUCGACGGCUGCUUCUCCGUGCCCCUGCGGGUGCCUGCUUCCUGCUGCAACCUCAUCACCACCAUCUUGAGGCCCUUGCCGGAUGAGAGGCCCACGGCCGCCCAGAUCCUGCGCAGUGAAUGGCUUCGGGGCGUCCAAGCCCCCGAGCCCUACCCGCCUUACCCACUGGGGCCCAGGUACCUCUUACAGGAGGACCCGGAAUGCAUAAGGGGGGCGGCAGCAAUGGCUACUGAAGAGGUGGUCCCAGUGGAUGCUGAGAGGGUGGCAGAAGAUCAUCGAGCCGUGGAAGUAAUGGCGGACGACUCUAGGGUGGUGGCAACGAUGGUUGACGAUGCAAGGGGGGCAGCAGUAAUGACCGGUGAAAGGGCGGCCAAAACAGAAGUUAGGAGGACGUUAGUAAUGCCUGGAGAUACAAGACAGAGAGGAGUAAUGGCCGCUGAAGGUCCAGACACAAUGGACACUGUGAGAGCUGCAGUCAUCGCGACAGACACGACUACCAAAGAGGCGGCCGUGACAGACUCAGGAGUGGCGGCACCAACGCCUACCACUGACACAGUGGCUACAGAAACAAGACUGGGGGUCACGGCAGGCUCCGCAAGAACCGUGCCUUCCCCCUUAUCCUCCUCUCUGCCGCCCUCCUGUUCUCUACUCACCGAGGAGCUGCUCGAGGUGCGCGAGCUGCUCGAAGAGCUGGGGAUAACGAGCGACGUCGUAAGGAAUAACGGCGAUGAUGGCGACGCCCGCAGCUGCGUGACGGGGACGUACCGCAUCAUGCUGCACCGCGUGCAGCGCCGCCGUCGCCCCGAGGGCCCGGUGUUCCCCGUCCUCGCCGAGGAAAGCUGCCGGACCUUGCCCAACGGCAUUGGCAGCGACGGGGCGGCAAGCGGUGGCGUGGCCGGCGGGGUGGCGAUGGCAGCAGGGAUCGCGUUGGCAGCAGCGAGGGCCGGGGGACGGCGGCUUUACCGCGACACCCGUAACCGCGUGGCCGUAGCCCAGCGGUCAAAACUGUGCGCUAUUUUGUAGUGCGGGGGGGUGGGUAAUGUCGAGAUGGAGAGGAGAUGGAGGAGAGCCUGGGUGGCACAGCUGCGAGUUGGAAAGGGCUCCGAGUUUAAAUCGUGAAUGGAAGUGGAAUCGUUUUACUCAUUGAGGAUGUUGCUAGCAGUGGUUGUGGUCAUUUUGAAAAUGAUGAAAGGAUGCUGCAACUGAAGAUGGUACCGAUGAUGAUUCUGCUACUGCUGGCGGUGGUGGGUUGAGAUCUCUGACCAGAAUUAUAUUUUGUGACCUUCCGAUUGUGAGUCAAGCACUUGGACCAGAGCAACACUCGGGCAGACAUUGCUACUAAAGAGAUUAUACGUUGCUGUAUACAUCAUUACUUGUCAAUUGUUGUCCAAGUACACAACUUUGCCUGUAACAGCAUUUACAGGAGCAGUCUUCAUUGUUCGGGGUCAAGUGAGGACUUAUUCUGUUUGAAUUCAGAGACUUAUUGGAUUGCAUUUCUAAUAUAUGCAACCUUUUUUGACCUCGGUAAAAAAAACAUGGCUGGACACUAAUUGCAACAUUAAAUGCGUCAGUCGUAGGUGAGGAGUGAAUGUGUUCGGCGAGUGACUGUAGGUGUGGAAGAGUGUCCAGUAUCAUGGACUGUUAGCCGUCUUAGGUGAGUGUUGAGUGGGGACUGUUGUGAGUGGAGAGCGUUUAGUCGUGUGCUGUUUAACGAGGCUCAGGUGAGUGGUAUUUGGUGAGUAAAAGCAUCAGCAGCAGAGGGGGCCAGACUAGC